AUGGACCAGGUAUCGAGAAUGGUGUCUGAAUGGCCAGUGGUGAUCUUCAGCAAGAGCUCUUGUUGCAUGUGCCACACCAUCAGGUCCCUCUUCUCUGAAUUUGGUGUUAACCCUACUGUCUACGAGCUCGAUGAAAUGCAGCUGAGAGGCGGUGGCCGGGACAUUGAACAGGCUCUUUCGAGGCUCGGCUGCAAUCCCACCGUGCCGGCGGUGUUCAUCGGUGGUAAACUGGUGGGUGGGGCUAAUGAGGUCAUGAGUCUUCACCUCAAAAGGUCCCUUAAGCCAAUGCUUAAAGAUGCUGGCGCUUUAUGGGUUUGA